AAUCAAUCAAACUGUAGUGAAUAUUCAAGACGAAAAAAAUAAGAAAAAUAAAACCAUUUUUACAGUAUGAAGUUUCUCAUUAAUCAGUAGUCAAAUCCCCCAAUCUCUCUUCGCUCAAUCAAUUUCUGCAAUUUUCUUUACCCUAAUUUCUCCCCUAUUAUCCACCUUGAGAAAUUCAUCGACGAGAAAUUCUACUAUCUUUCUCUAAUUCUGCGAGGUGCUGAUUCCGAGUUCCGUGUUGAGGAUGGUUUGAUUAAUCCAUAUUUCUAAACAUGCGCAUUUGGUUUUCCUUGGAGCUCUGAUGAUGUUCUGUACUUGAAUUCUGGUGUUUCGACGAGUUUGCAGUUGCAAUUGAGGAAAUUUCGAGCUCGGGAUGGGACUUUUUGAUGGGCUCCCUGUCCCAUCCGACAAAGCUCAUUUGAGAGAGGACCUAGCAAGAAUAGAUGAAAGCUGGGCUGCAGCGCGCUUUGAUUCAUUGCCUCAUGUGGUCCGCUUGUUGACCGCAAAAGAUGAAUUACAAGCUUUGAAGGAGCAGAGUGAGGUUAUCGAGGAUGUUGUAGAUGAAGUUGUCCAUGCCUAUCACAGUGGCUUCAACAGAGCAAUUCAAAAUUACUCCCAGAUCUUGCGAUUAUUUAGUGAAUCUGCGGAAAGCAUCUCUGUCUUAAAAGUUGAUUUAGCUGAGGCAAAGGAACGGGUGGGUGCUCGUAACAAGCAGUUGCAUCAGUUCUGGUACCGGUCUGUUACACUACGCCAUAUAAUCUCCCUUUUGGAUCAGAUCGAGGGAAUAUCUAAGGUUCCAGCGCGCAUGGAAAAGCUUAUCGCUGAAAAGCAGUUUUAUGCUGCAGUCCAACUGCAUGUGCAAUCCACAUUGAUGCUUGAGAGAGAGGGCCUCCAAACGGUUGGUGCUCUCCAAGAUGUUAAAUCUGAGCUAACCAAGUUGCGUGGAGUUCUUUUCUACAAGAUAUUGGAAGACUUGCAUGCCCACCUUUAUAACAAAGGUGAUUAUAGCUCAGUCUCUUCAAGUUUACUUGAAAAGGAUGAUGAAGUUAUGUCAGCAACUCUUUCAUUGUCCAUGAGUAUUUCACAACCUGUAUCUCGACGCACAAGAUCAUCGAAAUCUGAUUACCAAGUUGAUGGAGGUUCUUACGAUGGGCAUGAUGAAGAGGGUGGCUUUAGAGGUGAGGAAGUUGAUGGUUAUGUCAGGGCCAACGGUGGGGAUUAUGGUCUUAAAAAAGGUGUAAUUUUUUCAAGUCGACUUCCACCUUGGCUUUCCUCAGCUACACCUGACGAGUUUUUUGAAGCAGUGCAAAAGAGUGAUGUUCCUGUACAUGUUAAGUACCUCCAGACCAUGGUAGAAUGCUUGUGCAAGCUCGGUAAAGUUGCUGCUGCCGGUGCUAUAAUAUGCCAGAGGUUGAGAUCGACAAUUCAUGAGAUCAUUUCCUCUAAGAUAAAAGCCCAUGCUGAAAACAUGAGCUCAUCUAGGCCUGGAAGUGGUCUGAUAGCAUAUUCUUCUACUCUACAAACUUUGAAGGGACAACUGGAAACGUACCAGUUAUCGAGACAGAAACGUGCAAAUGGGAUAUCACUCAGUGGAACAUUGUUAGCUGUUAGCCCUGUAACACCAAUGAUGGCUCCAAUGGGGACAGCACAGGGUGCUGCAAGAGAACUUCUGAAUUCAAUUCUUGAUGCAAUUAUAAAAAUAUUUGAGAAUCAUGUUAUUGUUGGAGAGCUUCUUGAAGCAAAAGCCUGUCAGCAAGUUGACAUCAAUACACCCAAGUCUUUAGAUGUAAGUUUAAACACUGAGUCUGAGGCGACAGGUGGCUACACUAUUGGGUUUUCUCUGACAGUUUUACAGAGUGAAUGCCAACAACUCAUAUGUGAAAUUCUGCGAGCCACUCCAGAAGCUGCGUCAGCUGAUGCUGCUGUGCAAACUGCUAGACUUGCGGGCAAGGUUCCUUCAAAAGACAAGCGGGAUGGGUCAGACGAUGGUCUCACAUUUGCUUUUCGCUUCUCAGAUGCUACAAUGUCUGUUGCUAACCAAGGCCAAGGUUGGAAUAAGAAGGCCCAAGGAGCGUCACAAGAGGGAUAUGGGUCUGCAGCUGUCUUGCCUGAGGAAGGCAUUUAUCUAACAGCCGCUGUUUAUCGUCCUGUUCUUCAGUUUACAGAUAAGGUUGCUUCAAUGUUGCCGGAGAAGUAUUCCCAGUCUGGAAAUGACGGAUUGCUAGCUUUUGUUGAGAAUUUUGUGAAAGAACAUUUCUUACCUACGAUGUUUGUGGACUACCGAAAAAGUGUACAGCAGGCUAUAUCAAGUCCAGCUGCAUUCCGUCCCCGGACACAUGCUGCUACAUCAUAUACACCUUCUGUUGAGAAGGGUCGACCUGUCCUGCAGGGACUUCUGGCUAUAGAUCUUUUGGCAAAAGAGAUACUUGGUUGGGCUCAGGCUAUGCCGAAGUUCGCAGCAGAACUUGUGAAAUAUGUGCAAACUUUCCUUGAGCGAGCAUAUGAAAGAUGUCGUACUUCGUACAUGGAGGCAGUUCUUGAGAAACAGAGUUACAUGCUGAUCGGAAGGAAUGAUAUUGAAAGCUUGAUGAAGCUUGAUCCUGCUAGUUCAUGUCUACAGAACUGUCUGAAUGAGAAUCCUUCUGAUGCUUAUGGCAUUGAAGUUGAAAAACAGAUGAGUGAAGUGCUACUUGGCCUGCGACCAAUCAAGCAGGAAAAUCUUAUCCGGGAUGAUAAUAAACUUAUUCUGCUGGCUUCUCUAAGUGAUUCACUGGAGUAUGUUGCAGAUUCAAUUGAAAGACUUGGGAAAACAUUCUCUAUGGCAUGUAAUCAAGUGGAAGAGAAAGAAAAGAACCAGACAACACCCCGCCGUAGUGAAGUUAGUAGCUCCCCUUCCAAGGAUCUGGUAUCAUUUGCUGAUGACUACAGGAAAUUGGCUAUUGAUUGCCUUAAAGUCUUGCGUGUAGAAAUGCAAUUGGAAACAGUCUUUCAUAUGCAGGAGAUGACGAAUAGAGAAUAUCUGGAUGACUUAGACGCAGAAGAACCAGAUGAUUAUAUCAUUUCCCUCACUGCACAGAUAACACGCAGAGAUGAAGCAAUUUCUCCCUUUCUCUCGGGGAUAAAGCAGAAUUACAUUUUUGGUGGAAUAUGUGGCAUUUCAGCAAACACUUCAAUCAAGGCUCUGGCUGAUAUGAAAUCAAUUAAUCUCUUUGGAGUGCAACAGAUAUGCCGCAAUUCGAUUGCCUUGGAACAGGCACUAGCAGCUAUACCAUCAAUUGACAGUGAAUCCGUGCAACUGAGAUUGGACCGUGUGCGGACAUACUUUGAGCUUCUAAACAUGCCAUUUGAGGCUUUGCUGGCUUUUAUCACAGAACACGAGAACUUGUUUACUCCAGAGGAGUACACUAAUCUUUUAAAGAUCCAGGUCCCGGGGAGAGAUAUUCCUGCUGAUGCACAGGAUAGAGUAUCAGAAAUUUUGCGUUAGAGGACCCUGUGCAGAGUCUGUUGGAAUGGAUUAUGAGCAAAUUUGACAACAUUUAUUGGGAUAUCUGGUACUUCAUGAAUAUGUACCGCAUCACUUAUCAAAGGAAGUACUUAAAGUCCAAAACAGCAAGCAUCAAUGUGGCCGGUUUGUAAAUUUUGGCGUCAGUUACUAGUCAGUGUCCAUUCGUGUUCUGUUGAUAGGGGCUGUCCGUUGAGUUUUGUAAUGAGCAUGUAUGUAGAAUUGUAGAUCCCCCACCUCUUGUGCCGUGAAUGGCCUAGCUUUGAAAUGGCAUAUUGCUAACCACUGCUAGGUUUUGACAUAUAUUUACCCUGGUUCCUCUCUCUCUCUUUUCGUUCUUUCUUUCUUCCUUUAUUUUCUUUUGGAUAAAGUGAGUUGUUUUGUUGAGGCUCACAAGCCAUGGAACUGGAAGCAUUGUAAGUAGUGGUCAUUGAUGCAUCACGUUGGGGUUAACUGUCAAGAGUUGAUGUAUUAGUUACCUGUUAGAAGAUCUGAUUGGAAUAUUUCAUUCAUGAAAUUUGUUUGAUUCAUAUUUAA